UCUCAGACAAGCACACAAACACACAGAAACAUGCAUUGGAAGGUCGCUGUAUUGGCGCUCAUUGCAAUGGCAGCGAUUGUCAAUGCAGAGCACCAACUCACGCAACCAGAGCCACCUGCAAUAACAUCAGCAGUCAUCCAUGAUAGUAUCAGUAGUAGUAGUAGCAGUUGCACUGGCAGUCGUCACAGUGAUGCACUCGUCCCGUCGCGAACGGAACAACUCGAAGCAGCUAGUAGUGCUCAGAUUGCGGCAGUCAGUCAGCCAAGUGCGCUCCUGCAGCUGCUUCAUGCGCAUGGCGUUACACACGCAACACUGCAAGACGCCGAGUCAUUGCUAGCAGGUCAAUCCAUCAGUCACGGGCGCUCUGAGCAUGCUUCGUCAAGUAGCAGCGACCAUCAUGCUGAAGUGCAUCAUCACCAACCAAGCUCACCGGGCGUGUAUCGUCCACUCUUACUCCUGUUGCAAUCGCUGGAAACUCUCCGCGAAACGGCUGGGACGAGCGCAGGCGUCCUCUUUGGCAUUCUCAUUGCCAUCGUCCCGCAAGUCUUUGUUGUCCUGCUCCUGAUUGUCUUCCCGACACUCACUCGCCAGAUGCCGUACCUGCUCAAGAAACCUCAAGUCCUUGUGAAACCUCCGGCGGAACACGCUCGCAUCACACAACUCCUGGAGCGAGCACCGACCAAAGAAUCUUGCAUCUGGCUGAAUGCGCUCGCCUCGCGUCUCUGGAUUGAGUUGCACCAGACCAAAAUCAAGCCGCUGUUCACCAAGCUCGUUCAGGACGAAUUGGAUGACUUGUUCAAGCUCCCCGCUGGUGGAUUUCUGAUCUCGGCCACCGUCGUCGAGUGCAACGGCCCGCCAAGCGCUCCUUCCUUCAGCAACAUGAGCAUCAUCCACCCCCAAGGCGAAGUUCCGUCAGUGAUGCUGGCUGCCGACAUUUCUGCACUGUCCGGAUUUCAAUUUGCCGUCAAACUGGCGGUGCGCUACCUCGAAGCGCCAAUCUAUGUGGCUUUGCAGUGUGAAAAGUUCGAGGCGCAGCUGCUGAUUGAGAUAUUCAAGCGCCCGGAAUCGAUGAUAUCCUAUGGAUUCUCCAGAAUGCCGCACCUCGAUCUCAAAAUCAACUCGUUCGUGCUGCAUCAACACACAGACAGCCUCCGGCGGCUCAUCUUUUCGCUAGUGAAGAAGAUGUUGACCAAGAAGUUUGUGCUUCCCAAUCUGAAAACACGGUGGAUGAAUCCGCAGGCGCCUCCGUUUAGGCAAGGAUAUUUGAUGCACUUUAUUCGCAAGAGCGAUCCAACUACAGAGAAAAUUCUUCCUGCAACCUGGAAGCGGGGCUGGGUGGUUUUGAAAUCCAAGUCGUUAACUAUUUUUGAAAAUCACUUGGUUCCGCGACCCUUCCUGACCGUUCCACUCGAAUGCAUCAGCUCCAAUGAAGUUGCUCUUUCAGAUUCACAAAGAUACUGCAUGGCUCUUGAAGCUGGUCCAAUUGGGUCUCUCUUUCUUGCAUCGCGCACUCCUGUGCUUGGCUGGCAAAUGGCCAUCAAUGAUGCUGUCAGCCGACUUCGUCAACAUCCGGUCAAGGUUCCCACUGCAGAAGAAAUAGUAGUAGAACUGCCACCAAAGACUGCAACCCUGUCCACUUCAACAGCCGUCGUGACUGGUUAUCCCACUCCCCCGCCUAUGGUGUCCACUGCGCACCCCAAAUUGGCAGCAACACCAAGUAUGAUGUCACAAGCGCGCGGUGCCAAGUCCGGACUGGGCACUGGCGCACAUCCACCGUCGAUAUUGAAGCACACAUGA